CUACGCGUGUGUGUAUCUAGGAAGUACUUUCGAGCUUAACUUUUCGCCAGCGUAGGAGACAGGAGAAGGAAACGUUAGAGGCAUUGAUAUUUUAAACACAACAGUGAAUUUCCACCGUUAUUGUCCCAUUUUAACACCGACAAAUAACUUAGUUACUUUUGCGCUCGGGAACCAUUUGGAAGUCACCUUUGUAGAUGUUUACAGGGAAGCUCAGGUGAGGACUUUUUUUCCACCUCUGACGUGUUAAGGAUUGGACGCUGUCUGCUGGAGGUGACCAGUCGUUCUGUCAACACACUGCACGGAUUUAAGAAUGGAGUGAGCCGUUGUGUUUCGAAUUGGGUGGAGGCAGAGAUUUGGAUCAGUGAGUAAUGCUGAAGGCUGCCUUCGUACAUCAGAACAAGCAUGAUGGAUGGAGCCAGGGCCUCUGACCGAAAUGGAAAGGACCGUGUCGUGCAGAUCUAUCCCAGGGUGUCCCAGGACACAGCUACCUACUGUCCCCUGCAGGUCAGCGCCAGGGAUACAGCACAGUCGGUUAUCCACAACGCCGUGGUCACUUUGGGACUAGAACCUUGCCAGAAGUACACGUUGCUGGAGGUGAGGAAGUGUCAUGAGAAAGAGCAGCCGCUGGACGACGGUGACUCACCGCUGAUGCGUGUUCUGCUGUGGCCACCAGAAGCGCAGAGGUGGCAUCCCCGGGGUCAGGGGUACCACUUCAUUCUCCAGCAGCAGGGCAUUAACAGAGAGGACACAGGAGAGAACAGUGAAGAAUAUGAUGACCUGUGUAACCUCCAGACUGUGACUGAGGAGAGCAUCCUAGAGACUUUACGCCAGCGUUUCUACAGACUUAAAAUCUACACCUACAUCAGUAACAUCCUCGUCGCCAUCAAUCCCAAUAAGUAUCUGCCUGUUUACUACAACCCCAAGUACGUGAAGAUGUAUGAUAAUCAGCCACUGGGCAAACUCAGCCCCCACAUAUUUGCAAUAGCAGACGUGGCCUUUCGUUCAAUGCUCAACCGGCAGAUUAACCAGUGUAUUGUUAUAUGUGGGGAGAGUGGCUCAGGGAAGACUGAAAGCAGCAGCUAUCUCAUCCACUGUCUCACUGCACUCAGUCAGAAGUCCUACUCCACAGGCCUGGAGAGAACCAUCCUCGGGGCAGGACCAGUGCUUGAGGCUUUUGGCAAUGCUAUGACUGCAGACAAUAACAACUCCAGCCGCUUUGGGAAGUUCAUUCAGCUCAACUAUCUGGAGAACGGCGUCAUCAGAGGGGCAACCGUAGAGAAAUACCUCCUGGAAAAGUCCCGACUGGUUUCUAGACAUAAAAGAGAAAGGAACUACCACGUCUUCUACUAUCUGCUGGCGGGAGCGUGCCAAGACGAACAGGAGGCGUUUCAUCUCUUGAAGCCACAGGAUUAUCUCUACCUCAAACAGCAGGACCUCCACGUAGAUGAUGAGGAAAAACUUAGGCAGGCAUACAAAAGGCUACAGCAAGCAAUGGAAAUGGUCGGUUUCCUGGCUUCCACCAAGAAACGCAUAUUUUCCAUCCUCUCUGCCAUUCUCCAUCUGGGCAAUGUGACAAUCACAGAGGAGGGUCAAGCCCUGGGGGUCGGACCUCCUGAUGUACUGUCGACACUUUGCGACCUGCUCAAGGUGAAAAAUGAAAUGUUAGUGAAAGCUUUGACCACGAGGAAAACAGUGACACGCAACGCAACCACUGAGUCUCAAUACACACUACAAAAGGCCACUAAAAUGCGGGACUCCAUGGCCAAGUCGUUGUACUCGGCUCUGUUCGACUGGAUCAUCCUCCACAUCAACCAUGCUAUGUUCAACCGACGAGACAUGGAGGACUCAGUCUCUUGUUUGUCCAUCGGCGUGUUGGAUAUGUUUGGAUUCGAGAACCUGCAGAUAAACAGUUUUGAGCAGCUGUGCAUCAAUUACGCUAAUGAGAAACUGCAGUUUUACAUCAAACAUCACAUUUUCAAGAAACAGCAAGAAGACUAUGUGUCAGAAGGCAUCGCUUGGCAAACUGUUGACUACAAUGAUAACAGUGACUGCAUUCAGCUGAUUAGUGGGAAAACAACCGGCGUCUUUGACCUGUUGGACAUCGAGAGCAACCUCCCUGAGGCCACAGAUGAAACUCUGCUGGACAGACUCAAUCAGCAGCAUCGGGACAACCCACUCUUUGUACCAUCUCCCAAAACAAAGCCGACUUUCACCAUCCAACACUUUGCCGGGAGUGUUGAGUAUCACAUCAAGGAUUUCAUGGACAAAAAUGUGGAGCACAUGCGUCCUGAGGUCGUAUCCCUGCUACGGAGCAGCAAGCUGACUUUCUUGCAUCACCUGGUCACUGCCAGCCCACAGGCGCUGUUCAGAUGGGGAGUCCUCAGAGCCACCAUUCACAUUCUCGCUGUAUUCAAACACAUGGGACGACAGCGGGCACAAUUACUGGCUGACAGACGGAGCUCUCGCAAAUCGCUGAAAGAGCUGAAGCAGCGGAGCAGUGCUUUGGACCGAUUAUCCAGCAACAGCCUCACUCUGGAUUUCUCCUUUGAUCGCUCUGAUGAACAUCCGCUUGACGUAUUUGAGGAUAUAUUUGCCAGUUAUGAAAGGAGAAAGAAAAGCAGAGGUGGUCGACAGAAGCAGUUAAUUCCAAAGAACUUAAUGGACCUGCGCUCACUUCAACAUAUUGUUGGUCUCACUGCACAUGAUCAAACCACCAAAUCCUUCUUCCACCCUCAACGCACAAUGAAGCUAUCGUCAGUUAGUGCUCAGUUCCAGUCCUCAUUCAGAAGGCUGAUUGAGACAAUUAAAAAAGCAGAGCCUCUCUUUAUUUGCUGUAUUCGCUCAAAUGCUGAAAUGCGGGAGCUUCACUUUGAUGAUGAUCUAGUGCAACAGCAAGUCAGACAAAUGGACAUGCUGCGGAUGGUUCAUGUCCAGAGGUCCGGCUACAGAGACAAGUACACCUUCUUGGAAUUUGUGACAAAGUUCAGGAUAUUAUUCCCAAAAGGGGCCACUGCAACUCCUGAACAAAUUAGACAAUUGUUUGAGAAGUUGGAGCUGGAUAAAAGAACCUACCAGAUUGGAAAAAACAAGGUGUUCUUUAAGGCAGAAGGAAAGCAGCUGCUCCAAGACACUCUUAACAAAGAGGUGAUGCGAUACAUCAUCACUCUGCAGCGCUGGUUUCGUGCUUGUCUGAUAAGGUCGCAGUUUUUGCGUAGAAAAGAUGCCACAGUCACCAUACAGCGAAGCUGGCGUGAGUUCUAUGAGAAGCAGAACCAAGCUGCUACAGUGAUUCAGAUGGCCUGGAGAACCUCCCUGAAGAGGUCGAGUGAGGAACAUAAGCAGGAUGAGGAGUCAUCUGCAAGCCGACAAGGAAGAGACAGCCUGACAAAAAAAGGAUUAAAAAGGCAGCACAAAGUGGAUGUGAGCCCCAACCCUCCCCAACAGUUGGACUUGGUAAACAGGCAGUCUACACCGAGGGACCGCAGCAGGGAGAAGAGAGACGGUAGAGGAUCCCCACCGCCCCUGAACAGACCCCUCUCCUUUCCCCUGGGCCCCAAAGUUGGCAGUGAGAAUCAACCGUCCGCCCCUUCAAAUGGCAGCUCACUUCAGCUCUUCAAUGAUACUGUGGGCGUGAAGGUAAAGGGUGAGAAGUGGAGAGAAAGGCACAGUGAGGGCGACCCAACAGAUGAUUCAAGUCCAGAGAGACUCCGACCAACAGUCAACAGGAAAGAUGAGUUUCACCGUAAAGGGAAGUCCAUGUCUGCAGAUGAACUCUCCAGAAUCAGUUCAUCAGGCUCUGACAGCUCACCGUCUGCCAAUGAGAUACCAGCAGAGCCUGACGGGUCAAGGUUCAGCCUUCCAGCCAGGUCAACAAAUGAGGACUCGGGGCACGAGAGCUCUAACCAAUCACACGUCACAACUCCUGAGAGAAUUUGGUUCAAAUUUUUAAGGAGACGUGGCGCUAAGAUUUCUUCAAGCAAUGACUCUCCUACAGACAAAUCAGCCACCUUACCCAGGUACAGUACUAAUGCCUAUCACGCGAACCAAAGCCUUGGCAGGGCCAGCCGAAAUCCGACCAUUCGAAUCAGUCGGGCCACACGAGCAAUCGAGUGGAAUACGUCUCUGGACCGAGAGAUCACCGACCCCAAAGAACUACGGCUUCUGGAUGAGUUCCUCGGUAAUCAGGUGAACGACUUGCAGUCAAGGGUAAAAGAGCUAUCACCCACGGAGAGCAUUUUCCUCACUGCCACCAUGCAGUUUAGGGAGACCAUCAAAGGAAUGUACUUUGUUGAGAAGCCCAGAAUCGCCUACAAAGGUCUGAUGCAGGGCUACCACAACACAGUGAACUCACUGGCAGGAGUGAAGCAGAAGGGUGAAGUCUCACUGGUCGUCAAUCUGUUCCAGUCCGUGCUGGACGGCUUCAUUAGAGGUGAAAUCAAACGGCUCGAGUCUGAACCAUUGAAGGCUACUAAAGUGACAAAGAAAAUGAGGAAAAAGGACAAAUGUCUUGAUAAUCCUCUGGAUCACCUCUUCAGUACGUAUCAGGUGAACAUCAUGCAGUCAUGUGACCUGUGUGGCUCCUACAUCUGGGGAAUGGAGAAGGCUUACAUGUGCAGUGCUUGCAAGUUAAUAUGUCACAAGAAAUGCCUGAAGAAAAUCAUCACAGAUUGUUCAACGCGAUGUGCCAGGCUGGAUGACAGCAUACCUGGCUCACUUCACUUUGGAGUGCAGGUGUGUGUCCUCACCAGCAAAGCCAACACUGUGCCCAAGGUGGUGGAGACGUUGCUAAUGCAUGUGGAGCUCCACGGCCUCUACACCGAGGGCAUUUACCGCAAGUCUGGAUCAGCCUGUCGAGCCAGGGAGCUUCACCAGAUUCUGGAGACCAAUCCCGAGCCUUCGUGUUUGGACAACUACCCCAUCCACACUAUCACAGGUCUGGUCAAGCGAUGGCUCAGGGAGCUGCCCGAUCCCCUCAUGACGUUUUCCCUCUACAACGACUUUCUGCGCGCUGCAGAGCUACCAGAGAAGUCGGAGCGAAUCAGAGCUAUCUACCAAAAGGUUGAUGAACUUCCGCCUUCUAAUUACAACACGUUAGAAAGACUCAUCUUUCAUCUUGUCAGGGUUGCAAAAGAAGAAGAGCACAAUAAAAUGUCCCCAAGAUCCCUGGCUAUUGUGUUUGCUCCCUGUAUCCUACGUUCUCCUGAUGUGGACGACCCCUUCCUCGGAAUGAAAGAUGUAGGCAAGGCUACAGUCUGUGUGGAAACGCUGAUCUCAGAACAGUUCAGGCGCUACACAGAGAAGAUGCAGAAUAUCCAGGAGUUGGAAUAUGCAGAAGCCCUGGCUGUUAAUCAGCUCAAACUGAAAAGGCAGAACACUGUUGUUGAAAAACCUUCAGAGCUGCCUGCUCCAGAGGAAAUACACACUGAUGACAUGGAAAAGACUCUCAUAGAAAGAAUCAAAUCCAUCAAGCAGGAAAAAGCGGACUUGGCCUGCCGGUUACCUGACCUGGAGCAGGAACACUCUGACAAUGACAACCUGGACUCCUCAUCUUCAAUGAGCACAGAGAGCCUGGAGGAUCGUCUCAGAAGCCUGGAUUCAGAAGUAAAGUUGACCACGCACACAAAAACCCAGGAAACCAACAGCCUCCCGAAGCAUCCUGACCUGGUACAGAGGGUCAGAAGUCUGAUGGCUCAGUCGAAGGAUGAACAGGAAGAGGUUACAAUGGGACAAAGACAAGGUGUGACUCAACCCAGAUGCUCCCUGCCAUGUCAAGACAAUUCCUUCUCAGCAGACAAGGCCCAGGCUAGCAGCAAGACUCUCAGAGGGAGCUUUGACGACCUGGACAUCCCUUACAUUGAUGAAGAUGAGGAAUCAUCCUGAGUCGUGAUGAUCAAAACAUUCUGAACAUUCUUUUCACAGAAGAUAUGUCAAAGAGAUAGAAGACCUCUGCACUUUGAUUUAUAGACAUUUCCAACUUGUUGAUGCUGCUAUGAAAACAAAGUACUCUAAAAUGCAUUUGUUUGUUAUUGAUAAAUUGUAUAGAGACCAUUCCACAGACCAAAGCAGGAAAUGUCUGCUGCAAUUAUUCAUGUGUCUGUGAAUAACUCAAUGAUGUUUCUGAAAAUAAUUCCCAGUUGUUUUAUGCACAUUUUAGAGAAUAUCUGUUUUGUUUUGUUUUUUGACAUUCCUGUGAAGCCAUAUGCCAUUUAGCAUAUCAGCAUAUCAUAUCAUAGAAGGAUCACUUCUUCUGAUAAGGUUCAUAAUCAGAAUGCGAUGAGGAUGGUACAUCGGCAACAAGUGUACUGGACAUUGAAUGACUUAAUUGUAUAGAUUUAGUAACAUGCCAUUGAUCAAUUAUUACAGAGUGAUAUUUGUCUUUAUACUCACUGCUCUUGUUCUUGUUCACUGUGACAAGAAACUUAGUGACUGAAAGCCUCUCUCUCUUUAUCUCUGUCUCUCACUCUCUUCCUCUUGCUUCUCUCUGUAAAUUUGUGAGGCUGUGCAGUUUAAGUUGGUGAACAUUUUUCCCUGCCUGAAUGGUUGUUUUUUUCUAGGUAUGUACAUUUUGUUGUGGGGAUAAACAUUUAUUUUGGUGGAUGUUUUCUAUUUUUUAAAUAUUGCUGCCAAGUGGAUUGUCAUGUAUAUGGAAUGGAAGUGCACAAAGAAAUGUGAUGUUUAUUCUCUUUCUAUGUAACUGAAAAUAUUUUUAGCUAAUUUACUACAACAUAACAAUAUGGCACCAUGGUUAUAUAUUUGAUUAUAUUAUUAUUAUUAUAUAUUUUCUGAUGCUGAGCUGUACAGCAACAUUGUGAUUUCAUUUAAAAAUAAAAAUGUUAAAGCAUUUUUAGUUGCUCAUAAUUAAAUAACACUCAAUUGUUCGUUAUUGGGGACAACUCUUUAUGACAUUUUAGCUUUCUCUUAAUUUCUUUUCCCCAUAUAAUUCUGAGUACCGCUUCAUGUCAUGGAAACCUCUUACCCACACACCUCCAAAACAAGAUAAUAAUGACCUCAUCAGGACACAUGUUUACCAUUGAAGCUAAAAUACGUGAAAAACAGAGUAGUGUGUUUUUUUA